ACGUCUUCCCAGAAAAGGACUGAGAACGGUAUGCCCAGUGCAAUUUAGGCAACCCACGUACAGCCACUCUGGAGUGGAAAGCCCUCAGGGAAACAACUCUUCAAACUCCUCAGGCAUGAUACCCCACUUUCUCCUCCUUUGCCUUCUACUCGAAGGUGUAGUUUCGGAGCAGUUAAGAGGCAUUCCUCGUUUGAAGGAUGUGACAAAAAGAAAUCGACUUGCGCACGGAAAAUCAACAAGUUGCAACGACCCAAACCUGACUUUCUCAGACGUUGCCGAGAAGCUCAUUCAGCUGGACGUGGGAAGCAGUGUUCCCGCCAUCAACCCAAGGAAACGGUGUUCUUCAUGUAAUCCUUACACAGAACCGCUGUUUCGUUCUCAAGAUUCACGAUUCCAGGACAGAGAUACAGUGAACAAACUAAGAGAACUGUUGGAUAAAGACCUGACAAAGGCCGAAAGACAUCAAGAUGCCUUCCUUGACACCAUCGUGGGCACGGAGGUCAUGUGCUGUUUGGCAGAUUACCUCAAUGCAAAAGAUCGUCACAACAUAGUUCUGAGGGAUGUCCUUGACGACUUCUGGUUUACUAAGUACAGACGAGGCAGUGGAUACUCGACAGGAUUUGGACAUGUGUUUCAGGGGGAGAUGAAAAAAACCAAGGUAUCAGGAUUACACAACUGGGAAGCAUUACAGAAGAAAGGUUACCGAUUUUGCUUCGAGGACGUCAUCGAAUUAGAUCACAAGGGCUACGUCGUUCAGAUGAGGCUCCAGAAAGGUGACCAACUCAAGACCGUCUUUGUCGGAACCACACCUGAACUGGAGAUGGCCCUCUACACUCUCUGCUUCAGCUUCAGGAAGUCCCAGAAGAGACACGAGUGCCUCCUCCGGGAGAGAAACUUUUCUAUCAUUACAUUCAAGAACAGAAAAGAAGUCAUUGAAGCAUCUUACCCACAGAUAAAAUGCUAAGGCAGAAAAAGGGUAUUGGCAUAGAUGCUGACUACGUCAUCAAUCGAGGAUUACUUGUAUUUACUGAUACAUCUAAAAACAUAUUUUCAUUCAGAAGGCAGAUUAAGAUGAAGUCUUACGUUCACAAACAUUGAACAUUACCUAAAGAAGAAAUCAAUUUCUUUCCCCAAGGCCAUUUAGGAUAGGAUCCUCGAAGUUCUUUUAUUGACCAUUUCCCUAAAGUUUCAGAUGAGUUCUGGAGUAUUUUGUCCAAUAAAUUUUGAUUAAAGCAGAGCUAACACAAGAAGGUGUUAUGGAACGAUAUAUUCAGUAUACACAGCAACAACUAUCCUUAUGGGGUGAUGUAGAUUUAAAAUGUAAGCAAAUGCCCACAAGGACAGAUGUUACAUAAUUUCGAUUUGAAGAGAUUUCUGGAUUUAAAUU